AUGUCGUCGCAGAUCCCAAUUGCUCCGGCCGCACCAGGUCUGAACCCAGGUGUGCCGAAUUUGCCAUACUUCACGCCAGCGCAUGCCGUCAGCCCAGGCGUGCCCUAUCAGCUGACACCUCAUACGCCUACAUUAUUCCGACCCCUCAGGAUCCGGGGCAAGACUCUUCGCAAUCGAAUCGUUGUGUCGCCCAUGUGCCAGUACUCGACAGCUUCUGGAGGGCCUCAGAUCGGCCAGUUGACCGACUGGCACGUGGUGCAUCUUGGGCAAUACGCCGUCAAAGGAGCCGCAAUUGUCUUUGUCGAAGCCACAGGGGUACAGCCGCACGGCCGAAUCACACCCCACUGCCCGGGGCUGUGGGAUGAUGCGCAAAUCGAGAGUUUCAGACGGGUCUCGGACUUUGUGAAAUCCCAAGGCAGUCUCGCCGGGAUCCAACUUGGCCAUGCGGGUAGGAAAGCCAGUACUGUUCCGCCCUGGAUUGCCGAUCAGGCACAUAGAUCGGCCAUGCGUGCGACGGCAGAAGUCGGCGGGUGGCCUGAGCACGUCGUCGGCCCGAUGGGUGGUCCAGAGAACUCCUGGGAUGGGAAGGGUCUGGCUGACGACGGGGGGUUCUGGUCUCCACGGCAGCUCAGCGUCUCGGACAUCCAGGAGAUCGUCCACGCGUUUGCAGCAAGUGCCAGGCGUGCGGUGCAAGCUGGGUUCGACGUCAUUGAGAUCCACGGCGCGCAUGGAUACCUCAUCUUUCAAUUUCUCAGCCCAAUCACCAAUCGAAGAACUGAUCAGUACGGCGGGAGCUUCGAAAACCGCACUAGGUUCCUGAGGGAGGUCCUUCAAGCGGUCCGAGCAGAGAUCCCGGCCGACAUGCCCUUGUUUCUCCGAAUCAGCGCGACAGAGUGGAUGGAAGAGACCGCGCUCGGCCAGGAAUAUGGUAGCUGGGACCUCACGAGCACCAUCAAGCUCGCCGCCUUGUUACCUUCGCUCGGAGUCGAUCUACUCGAUUGCAGCAGUGGUGGAAAUCAUCCGCAACAACGCAUUCAGAUGAUGUCGUCGCAGGACUACCAAACAAAGAUGGCGGCUCAGACACGACAAAGAGUUAGGCGCGCCGGGCUGAAGCUCUUGAUUGGUGCGGUUGGCCUCAUCAGUAGGGCUGAGCAGGCGAGAGACAUUGUCGAAGGGACCCCUAGAAGUGAGGAUGUCGCCAUUAGACAGGCGCCGGAAUGCAAGAUCCCAGAAGAAGCUGCUGUGGCCGAGGGUAUGACCAAUGCGCAGGGUCAAGAACCCAUGGCGGAUGUCAUUUUCGUGGCAAGGCAAUUUCUGCGAGAGCCUCAAUGGGUUUUGAAGGUGGCCUGGCAGCUGGGCGUAGACGUUGCGUGGCCUAGCCAAUGCUUGAAAGUGCGAUAUCGGGAGCUUUGA